CCGGGUCGGAGCCACUCGGGCGCGUGCGCGCGUGGUCUCGGGCCGACCCGAGUGGCCGGGUUCUCUGGGCUCCAGGCCCCCGCCGCCCCCUCCCCGGCUCCCAGCCAACCCGUCCCUCCCUUUCCUCACGGAAUGGGGCCGGCGCUGCUCGGGGUCGCGCGUCCUGGACCCGGCUCGCGCUCGGUCUCGCGCUGUCAGCCGCUGCCUGGCUCGCGCCGCCUUGCGCUUUCCCUCAGUCAGUGGCGCCGAAGGCUCCGUUAAGCGGCGGCCGCGGUUCCUGUUUCCGUUUCUUCCUCUCCCUUCAGUCGGGAGUAGCAUCCUCCACCCCAGCACCCCUCCCACUCUCCCGCCGCGGCCAGCUGCAGCUGGAGGCAGCGGCGGCGGCGACGGGGGACGGCGCCGACCGCCUCGCUCCCGCCUCGGGUUGCUGUUCUGGCUGAGGCCAUCUAUGGCCCUGGUAGUGUUUUCAUUCAAGACAAAGUUCAUUCCAUCUUUAUUUAUUAGCUGAGCAAAUUCAGUUCUUUAAGUUGGACAUCUGAAAUCAGAAUGUUGGGAGAGCCAUGCUUCUCUGAAGACUCUAGAGAAGACUCUUGCUUUCCUCCCUCUUCGCUAUGACCAGUAGUUAUUAGAAAUCGUUGAUGUUUCUCAGCUUGUCACUGCAUAAUUCUGACUACUUCAGAAUUCACAUAGCAGUCCAUGCAUGUCGUUGAAGUAUUUUGUUUGAAAUCUUUCUUUCAAUCAUGAGCUAAUAAUUUUCAAGACCCAGAUUCAAGCAAUAAUACAUUUCUCUGCAAUACCAUGUGGUUUUCUUCAACAUCAUAAUUCUAUGGGGAGGAAGCAUGUAGAAUCCAUGAAGCACAGGACAUUAAAGCUUCUUGCCUGCAUCACCAGGAAGAUCUUUUUGUAAGAAUAACCACAGGAUUACCAGAGAGAUUAACCUGUCUGAAGCAUUAUGUGUUGAAACAACAGAAACAAACCUAUUUUCUUGUGUGGCUAACUAGAACCAGAGUACAAUGUUUCCAGUUCUUUGAGCUCCAGGAAGAUAGAGGACAGAGUUGAAACUCUGAAAAUGCGGGCAUGGACUGGUUCCUGGCGUUGGAUUAUGCUCAUUCUUUUUGCCUGGGGGACCUUGUUAUUUUAUAUAGGUGGUCAUUUGGUUCGAGAUAAUGACCACCCUGAUCACUCCAGCAGAGAACUCUCCAAGAUUCUUGCAAAGCUUGAACGCUUAAAACAGCAAAAUGAAGACUUGAGGCGAAUGGCUGAGUCUCUCCGAAUACCAGAAGGCCCCAUUGACCAGGGGACAGCUACAGGAAGAGUCCGUGUUUUAGAAGAACAACUUGUUAAGGCCAAAGAACAGAUUGAAAAUUACAAGAAACAAGCUAGAAAUGGUCUGGGGAAGGAUCAUGAAAUCUUAAGACGGAGGAUUGAAAAUGGAGCUAAAGAGCUCUGGUUUUUUCUACAAAGCGAACUGAAGAAAUUAAAGCAUUUAGAAGGAAAUGAACUCCAAAGACAUGCAGAUGAAAUUCUUUUGGAUUUAGGACACCAUGAAAGGUCUAUCAUGACAGAUCUAUACUACCUCAGUCAAACAGAUGGAGCAGGGGAUUGGCGUGAAAAAGAGGCCAAAGAUCUGACAGAGCUGGUCCAGCGGAGAAUAACAUAUCUCCAGAAUCCUAAGGACUGCAGCAAAGCCAGGAAGCUGGUGUGUAACAUCAAUAAAGGCUGUGGCUAUGGUUGUCAACUCCAUCACGUGGUCUACUGUUUCAUGAUUGCUUAUGGCACCCAGCGAACACUCAUCUUGGAAUCUCAGAAUUGGCGCUAUGCUACUGGUGGAUGGGAGACUGUGUUUAGACCUGUAAGUGAGACAUGUACAGACAGAUCUGGCCUCUCCACUGGACACUGGUCAGGUGAAGUAAAUGACAAAAACAUUCAAGUGGUGGAGCUCCCCAUCGUAGACAGCCUCCAUCCUCGGCCUCCUUACUUACCGCUGGCUGUUCCAGAAGACCUUGCAGACCGACUCCUAAGAGUCCAUGGUGACCCUGCAGUGUGGUGGGUGUCCCAGUUUGUCAAAUACUUGAUUCGUCCACAACCUUGGCUGGAAAAGGAAAUAGAAGAAGCCACCAAGAAGCUUGGCUUCAAACAUCCAGUUAUUGGAGUCCAUGUCAGACGCACAGACAAAGUGGGAACAGAAGCAGCCUUCCAUCCCAUCGAGGAGUACAUGGUACAUGUUGAAGAACAUUUUCAGCUUCUCGCACGCAGAAUGCAAGUGGAUAAAAAAAGAGUAUAUCUGGCUACUGAUGACCCUACUUUGUUAAAGGAGGCAAAGACAAAGUACUCCAAUUAUGAAUUCAUUAGUGAUAACUCUAUUUCCUGGUCAGCUGGACUACACAAUCGGUACACAGAAAACUCACUUCGGGGCGUGAUCCUGGAUAUACACUUCCUCUCACAGGCUGACUUCCUAGUGUGUACUUUCUCAUCCCAGGUCUGUCGGGUUGCUUAUGAAAUCAUGCAAACCCUGCAUCCUGAUGCCUCUGCGAACUUCCAUUCUUUAGAUGACAUCUACUAUUUUGGAGGCCAAAAUGCCCACAAUCAGAUUGCUGUUUAUCCUCACAAACCUCGAACUGAAGAGGAAAUUCCAAUGGAACCUGGAGAUAUCAUUGGUGUGGCUGGAAACCAUUGGGAUGGUUAUUCUAAAGGUAUCAACAGAAAACUUGGAAAAACAGGCUUAUAUCCCUCCUACAAAGUCCGAGAGAAGAUAGAAACAGUCAAGUAUCCCACAUAUCCUGAAGCUGAAAAAUAGAGAUGGAGUAGAAGAGAUUAACAACAGAACUCAGUUCAGACCAUCUCGGCCAAGCAGAAGCCGCAGACUAACACAUGGCUCAUUGAUAGACACGCUCCACACCAAGAGCAAGCGGGAACCCUCAGAUGCUGCACUGGUGGAACGCCUCUUUAUGAAGGGCUGUGGUGCCCUCAAGCCCAUACACAGUACAAUAAUGUACUCACACAUAACAUGCAAAUGGAUUAUUUUCUACUUUGCCCCUUUAAAUAUUAUGUCCCCAUUGAACAAACACUGCCACAUUGUGUAAUUUAAGUGACACAGACAUUUUGUGUGAGACUUAAAACAUGGUGCCUAUAUCUGAGAGACCUCUGUGACUUACCGAGAAGAUGUGAACAGCUCCCUUCUCUGGGGAAGCUGGUGGUGGUGUGGCCACUGAAUUCACUCCAGUCAACAGAUUCAAAAUGAGAAUGGAUGUUUUUCCUUUAUAUGGUUGUCUGGAUUUUUUUUAAGUAAUUUCAUCAGUUCAGUUUAUCCACCUCAUCAUUAAUAAAUGAAGGAUACAUCAAUAAAAUAAAAUGAAAUAUUCACUCUCCAUUAGGAAGUUUUGUAAAACAAUGCCAUGAACAAAUUCUUUAGUACUCAAUGUUUCUGGACAUUCUCUUUGAUAACAAAAAAAUAAAUUUCAAAAA